CGCGCCAAACUCCCUUUCUGGUUGGCAGUUGAAAUGUCAGUUUAGGUAGCAUUAGCAGACAAGAUGCGCUUGUUUCUGCGUGAACUUUACUGAAUGGUCAGUGAACAGAAACACCCAGACAUCGCGUAAAUUGAACCAAAGAAAUCAAAGCAAAGACUUGUGUAGUUUCAAAAACAUGGGGGCCCUAAUAUCUCGAUGGAAGGCAAAGCCAACAACAGUUGAGCAGCUGGAGAACCUGGACAAGGAGAUUAAAGAGCUGGAAGAGUUUAAAACUAAAAACCAGCGUCUGCAAAAGCUAUGGGUUGGCCGUUUGCUACUUUACUCAUCUGCCCUUUACCUGUUGACCUCCCUGAUCGUCUACUGUCUUUACCUCCCCGAGCAUUGGUUGCAGAGAAUAGCCAUGGCCCUGCCUUUCUUCAUAUACCCUGUGCUGGUGUGGUUCAUCAGAAAGUUAUUGAUUUUUCUCUUCUCCAAACGCACUGAGAGAAACAGUGAAAAACUCGAAGAUUUAAAGGCUGCCAAAAAAAAGAUUCUUGAGGAGGUGAUGGAGACAGAAACGUACAAAAAUGCCAAGCUCAUCCUGGAACGUUUUGAUCCUGAGGCUAAGAAGAAAGCUGAACUUGAGUCAACUCCAGUGCGUUCUCCGAUGACUCCCAGGCCAGGACAAGAGAUUCGGCAGAGAGGGGUGGCAAUGAGACCGAUGCCAAUGGGCACCCCGCAUGCAAUGGUCAUGACUCCUCCACCGGGAGCACGUCCCUUGCUGGGGCCAGCAGGCACACCUGUGGAACGUGUUCCUCUCUCAGCUCCAGGAGGUCCACCAGACAGAUCUGCUCUGUCUGCUUCGGUCCUACAGGGCGCAGUACCGAGGACUCCCUCCUCCCCAAUGCUAGGUAUGCACCCUCCAGGUCCUCCGUUAGCUAGACCCAUCUUGCCCAAAGACAGGGGAGCUCUGGACAGAGUCAUUGAGUAUCUGGUAGGGGAUGGACCACAGAACAGAUACGCGCUGAUCUGCCAGCAGUGUUUUUCUCAUAAUGGCAUGGCUCUGAAAGAAGAGUUUGAAUAUCUAGCAUUUCGUUGCGCGUAUUGCUACUUUAUGAAUCCAGCCAGGAAGACUCGUCCUCAGGCCCCCCGACUUCCAGAGUUCAGCUUUGAAAAGAGGCUGCGGGCUGAAUCACGUUCACCUGGGCCAUCACCACGUUCUGGGACAGAUACAGAGGAGAGCGCGCCACCUUCUGGAGAUGAGAAGGAGAUGGGAGAUUGUGAAGGAAUCACUAAAGAAGUAGAGAGCGAGCGCCCAUUAGAGGAGCAGGAUCAGCUGCAGCAGAAGGAAGAAGAGAAAGAAGAGGAAGAAGAAGAAGAAAUUGUUGAGGAAGAGGUGGCUGAGGAUGAACCAGAGCAGAGUCGCAGCAGCCCCUGUGACACAGGAGCUCAGCCAUCGUAGUUUCUAAGAAGCCAGAAAAGGUCCACAAGGAUGUGAUUGUUCUGUCCAGGCAGAAGGUGAUGGUAAUGGCCAGGAAGUUAUUGAUAUUUAAAAGCAGCAUUGAUGGACAAGGAUUAGCAUCAUCAUUAUUUAUAUUUAUUAGUGAAAUUGUCCAACAGUAUUGCCAAAAAUGAUGCCAACAUAUCUUGGUCAUGAGUUUGAUCCGAUGACUGGGAAGGAGUCAGAUUGAGGGUUGUAGUUUGAAUUUUAAGGCUAUUUCUCUGUUGUGUAGUUGGUUGAUUGGUGAUAUUGCUCUGUAGGUGCACUGACUAACUUAAAGUAACGAUUUACACUCUAAGGUCCUUAUAGGGUUAAUGUAAUUGGAUGCUGUAUGGUUUUGAUAAGAAAAAGCGUUUUAGAUAGAACUGCUGGUUCACACAUUGUUUUUCCUCAGAUGAAAUGACGUUAAAAAGAGGAUUGCUGCUGAUUAAAAUGACUUCCUGAAGUGGGUGAGAAUGUCAGAUAGUUGUAGCAAAAGGUCAACACAAACACUCCUUAUCCAGUGUGGGAAACACUGGAUUUUCCUACACUAUCCAAACACUGACAUGCAUAACACAUGAAGUCCAUCUCAGGAUAAACCUGUUGUGAAUCAGGACAGCUUUUGUUGUGUUUACAGUAUGUGCAUACAAGUAUGUUGUAUGUUGUUAGGUUUCAGGCUGCUGCUGUGGCUUUUUCAUCUUCCAUUUUCCAUAGAAACAUUUAUCUCUUUGGAUACCGUCUGUUAUAGUGAUGUUUAGCCAACGCUGAUGCAUGUAUGCUUUUAUUCCCAUACAUUUUAAUGCUUUUUGUUUCUCUUUUGUUUUCAUUAUAUUACUGCAUCUUUGUCCCGAACUGCCAAUGAUGAGAUAUGGGCAGUUAGUUGCAUUUAAAUCUAUUGGAAGCAAAAGUACUGAAAUUGAAUGCUGAAUGAGGGGAGUAAACCAGAGUGUGGCUAAUAUUGCAUCAAGGAAAGGAAGGAUGCUUAUUACAGAAACAAUUAGCUGUAGUCUGUUCACUGAAAGAGGGGAAAAAAAGACUCAUUCUCACUUCUUCUUUUUUUUUUUUUUUAGAGGCUGAGAGAAUGAAUUUAAAUAAUGUUUAACUUCAACUGUUACGCUAAAGAAUCUGUGCUCUACCAAUUGGUAUGGUAUUCACCACUUUUCUGAUGCUGAUGAAAACGGCUAACAUGACUCUCAUUACUCUUAUUUCCUUUAUAAUCUGCAUUUGUGUGUGUGUGUGUGUGUGUGUGUGUGUGUGUGUGUUCUCUCAUUUUGUGGCUGGAUUGAAACGAACUGGCCAUCAAAUCUGGAAAAUUUGAUUUAUCAGAGGAAACAUGUUGACUCUAUUUUUCCUUGCCAUCUUUGAGCAGAAUACAUUUAACUAAGCUCUUACUUUUAAUCAAUGUCUGCAAGAUAUUGCCUGUCAAAAAUUGUUAUUAGCUUAGUUAUAACAUUAGUAUUUAUUAGCUGGUAACAAUGAAAAAAUUGCUGAAUAAACUUCUGUAUACUUUGCAAGCAGAAGAAACAAACGACUUUGAGCUUAAACUGCCAGUUUAUCUGUAUGUUUUCAUUGCCAAUGGUUUUACUCAGUUAGGAUUAUAAUUUGCCAAAUCCAUUGCUUUUUUUCGUCUGUACUUCACGUUGUCAUUUGCACUGAGUUAUAUUUUUAUUUUAUUUAUUUGGCUAUACAGUGUUUUAAUUAGUAAAUCAGACAUUUUUUAAAAUGUACUAAUUUAACCUUUUAUUGCCAUUGUGUUCACAGCUAUUUAAGUGUAUUCCUUGAUUCUGUUUCGGUAAACAUUAGGUCAUAAAAUAUUGAAAGAGUUUACGUCUCUGUGUUUACGUUCAUUCUAAAUGUUCACAGUAGGUACCUGGUGCCAUUAUUCUAAGUCCUAGCUGUAGCUUAAGGGAUGGGAAUUAAUUCUUCAUUUGGCUUGUUGUGUUAUUAGGUGGAACCAGGAGAAAUGGUGAGUGUCUAUGCAAAUGUAAAUGUCCUGUAUCACCUGUGUUGCACAGGUUGGGUCCCAGAGACACACCCUGAUGACGUGGGGAAAAUAGUUUUGCCAAAAGUUGGCUGGUAGGAUUGGGACAGCCCAAAGAAUCCAGAGGCAAGAAUGUUUUUGGAUAAACCUUGGUCAAAUGUUAAGGAGAGAACACUUUGUGAAUUUCAAGUCUCCUGUCAUGACACGUUGAGUAUCACUUGAACUUUUAAUUUUUUCCUAAUCCCGUUAUUUCCCUUCAUCUGAUUGUUUUACAAAGUUGGGGAAAAAACUGGUACCUGCAGCAUCUUACUGACUUAAUGCUUCCAAUAUCAACAAACCGUUUUUGGUAUUUUUACAUGCUGGUGAAAUAUGUGUAUAACUUCAUAAUAUGAGGCUGUCUGUUAAAUAUUUAAAGAAUGUCCCAGAUCCUCAACAUGGUGUCUCGCAUCCUGAUGUGUAAUGCUUGUUUCUUUUCCGUUUGUAGUUUUGUUUUUGCCUUCCUAAAUUUAUCAAAUGGAUUUCUGCCCAUGCUUUUUGUCAUUAAAUUUGCACUUGGAACGCCCAAUAAAGAGUUUUUCAACAACAAA